CUUGCUGGGCAAAACAUUUAAUAAAUUCACACUGAUUUCGCUUGACUUUUAUGUGUGUAGCAGAGAGAGCGAGAGAAAGAGAGAGAGAGAGAGAGAGAGAGAGAGAGAGAGAGAGAGAGAAUAAAUAGUACGUACAUAACUAUAAGGACGUUGUAGUCCUGUCCGUGGUAUUUAAGUGCUGGUGAUCAUUAUAUUUCACACCUGCCUAGUGUGACUUAAUGAUUCUAAAUCGUCUAAAAUGUUGUCCUCUUGGUGUCACUGUUACAUUAUUAUUGCUAUAAAGUACUUAGUCCCUCCCUUAACCAACCUUUUGUUUGGUACCUUAGAGCAGAUGAUACAUUUCAUUUCGGGAUGUGAGUCGGAUGAGAUGGUGUACCCUGUUUUGUAAACAUGCUAUACUGAACGGGUCGGAUAUAGUUAUUUCAUGUGCUGAAGAAACAGACUUCGGUCUGCUUAUGCUUGCUGGAUAACGAUGGGGAGCGAAAGACGAUUUAGAUCAAAGGAGCAUUUGUUUGCUUUUCAUUUUUUCUUAAUGCUGAUUUUCGGAAAGCAGGCUGUGGGUGAAUUGAGGUACUCUAUUCCAGAGGAGAUGAAAGAGGGAACCCUUGUUGGAAAUGUAGCCAAGGAUCUCGGUCUGGACAAAACAGCUUUGUUGGAUCGGCGGUUCCGUGUUGUGUCUGGAUUGAAGGAAGCUUUUUUCGAGGUAAAUCCGGAUAGUGGUGCUUUACAGGUCCAAAAGAAAAUCGACAGAGAGGAGCUCUGUCAGGGAGGUGGUGCAUGCUUGAUGGAGCUGAAAAUCCUUGUUGAAAACCCCUUGGAAAUACACUAUGUAGUUGUGGAAAUUACUGAUGUAAAUGAUCACUCUCCCAGUUUUUCUGAAAAGGUUCAGACAUUUGAAAUAGCAGAACAUUCAUCUCCGGGAACGCGAAUCGAACUGCAUGCGGCCCGUGAUCCCGAUGCUGGAAUGAACUCUAUCCGCACAUAUACAUUGACGUCAAAUGAUCACUUUGAAAUAGAAAUUAGUCAAAACGAUGAAGAUAAAAUACCAUUUUUAGUGCUUAAGAAGUCGUUAGACAGAGAACAAAAGAAUCAACACUUGCUAUUUGUGACAGCAGUUGAUGGGGGGAAACCUCCGAGAUCUGGAACGCUAAAUGUUUCCGUUACUGUUCUAGAUAUCAAUGAUAAUCGUCCAAUGUUUAGUCAGGAUAUUUACCAAACAGAGAUAUAUGAAAAUGUCUCAGUUGGAACUAUUGUUACAAAAGUCAGUGCAACAGAUCCAGACGAAGGGACAAAUGGGGAAAUCGAGUACAGCCUCAGCAAAACAUUACCACGCAAAGUCUACGAGAUAUUUGAAUUGGAUAGUUUAAGCGGACAAAUUAAAGUGAGAGGAGAACUGGAUUUUGAGGAAUCAGAGGUUUAUAAACUAGAUGUUCAGGCUUCGGACAAGGGAGCACCACCAUUAACUAGCAGAUGUAGAGUUAUUGUGAAGAUAAAAGACAUCAAUGAUAAUCCACCUGAAAUAGAAGUGACAUCAGUGUCCAAUAUAGUGUCUGAAGACUCAAAGCUUGGCACUGUUAUUUCACUUAUUAGUGUGACAGAUAAAGACUCUGGUGUUAAUGGAAAAAUUAUUUCAAGCAUAACUGAGGAAGUUCCUUUUGAAUUAAAACCGUCUUAUAAGGAAAACACAUAUUCUCUUGUUACUACACGAUUUUUGGAUCGAGAGGAGGUGUCACAUUAUAUAAUAACAAUACAAGCCACCGAUUGCGGCGAAAUGCCCUUGUCCACUUUUAAAACUCUUACCAUUCAGAUAUCAGAUGUAAAUGACAACAGUCCAUGUUUCUCCCAAAAUCCAUUACAGUUUUACUUGUUAGAAAAUAAUGUUGCUGGGAAGCCGAUAUUCUCUGUUAGCGCAACGGACAAUGAUUUGAAUGACAAUGCAGCUAUUUCCUAUCAUAUUGUGAGAGAAGGGAAUGAUAUAAUGUCUUUCCUAAACGUAAAUCCUGAUAAUGGAGAUAUCACCGCGCUAAAAAGUUUUGACUUUGAAACACUGAAAACUUUCCAGUUCCAAGUUGUUGCAUCAGAUUCUGGAACUCCGUCAUUAAGCAGCAACGUCACAGUGAACGUGUUCAUUCUGGAUCAGAACGACAACGCUCCAGUCAUCCUGUAUCCAGUCAGCUCUAACGGUUCUGCUGAAGGUGUGGAGGAGAUUCCCCGCAAUGUGAACGCAGGACACUUGGUGAUUAAAGUCAGAGCCUAUGACGCUGAUAUAGGAUAUAACGGCUGGUUACUGUUUUCACUGCAGGAAGUUACUGACCACAGUCUCUUUGGUUUGGACCGCUAUACAGGACAGAUCAGAACACUUCGCUCAUUCACAGAGACAGACGAGACUGAGCAUAAACUGGUCAUACUGGUCAAAGACAAUGGGAACGUUUCACUCUCAGCAACAGCUACUGUGAUUGUCAAACUUGUGGAGCCCAAAGAGGCUUUUGCAGCUUCUGAUGUCAAAAGUGCAGCAAAAGCAGAUGAGGAUAAUACUGUGACUUUCUAUCUGAUGGUAACUUUGGGCUCAGUGUCAGCACUUUUUCUCAUCAGUAUCAUUGUGCUGAUUGCAAUGCAGUGCUCAAAAUCCACAGACCAUACUUCUAAAUAUCUACAAGAGACAAAUUAUGAUGGGACACUGUGUCACAGCAUCCAGUAUAGAUCUGGCGACAAACGGUACAUGCUAGUUGGACCCAGAAUGAGUAUAGGAUCGACUAUAGUCCCGGGGAGCCAUGCAAAUACACUAGUGCUACCUGACAGGAGGAGGACAUCUGAAGAGGUAAGCUGGUUUACUUUCAGGUUUGAUAGGGAUCGUGGCGCACACACUUUUUUGUGAUUUAAAUAUGUAUAAUUUGGGGGAGAGGCUCAAUGGGCUAAUCUGAGUGACAAUGGCGCUAUCCAUUGUGCUGAGUUUACUUUUGUUAAUGUGUUUGAUAUAGCCGCGAGCUACAAUUUAUGCGUCUUAGUGAAAUCGACAGUAUUAUUUUAAAA